ACAUGUGCUGGGAAAAGAUUUAUUCAUUCUGGCAGACUUCAUUGGGGGUUUCCACUUUGUACAUUCCCAUUUGCCAAUAUUGGCAAUAAGGAAGUGGGUUUUUAGUUGACUGGAUUUGGUGACAUUUUUAGUGAGCUUCUGAAAAGACCACAGACACAUUUCAGCAAAGAUGGAGUGUAGAAAAUGCACACAAGUAAAGCCAAACAAUGAAUUUCCUCAAGACAGAAUCACCAGAAAAUGUGUUCACAAAAAUACCUUCUGCCUCAAGUGUACAAUUGAGCAUCUGACCAAUCAUUCCACAUGCCCAGACUGCACGCUUAAAGUCCACAACAUCGAUGAUAAAGUGAAAAUUUACAAUGCAAAUCUCAACUUGAGGAGUCGAGCAAAAAUGAACAAUCCACUGCAGAGUGGGAUUGCAAUGAUGACCGUGAAUGUAAGGAAACUAGAUGGUGAGACCAAGGCGUUUCAAUUCCAUGCUAAGAUGGCUAUCCAUGACUUGAUGAAGGAAAUCCACCAAACAUGGAAUUACGAUCCUAAGCAACAGACGCUUCUCUACAAUAAAAACAAACUUGAGGUGCUUCUCAGUGGAAAGUUUGCAACAUUUGCCAAUUACGAAAUAGCCAACGGUUCGACACUUCAUUUGGUGAUCACACUCCUUAACAUCGCAGCAGACCUAGAUCAUGCCAUAUUUGACCUCUUCUGGCACUACAACAGGCUGGCCAAGAAGAACCUCUUCAUAGAUGCAUCCUGCAUUGCCUUCAGGAAGAAUCAGACACAGCCAGCAUGCACUGUGGACAUUGACCAAGAAACUGCACUUGGGGAUAGUAUAAAACAUUCCGGGGAUGAUCUGGACCGUAUCGAAUGCAUCGGUCACCAUUGCCUGGAGGUCAAAUUCAAACACCUACCAGAAGAUGUCACUCAUCUCUAUUUUGUGCUCAGCGCUUGGAAUGUGCCCAAUAUGAGGGAUUAUUUCACCUCAAUGGCAUUAAAUUUCUUCGAUGCUCGGGACAUUUUUCAUCCCCUGUGCAAUACAGAGUUGCAGCAGGAGAAACUUGACGAACAAGCUGUGAUCAUGUGUUAUGCUGUCAAAUCUGAUGACCUGUGGCAGAUUAUAGAGGCCAAGAUCCCAUGCGGGGGCAAUGUAGACAACUAUGCCCAAAUCAAAGCACAAGUUGCUCAAAUUCACCAGACUAUGUAGAGACAUUACAUGUGUCUGUACAGUCAGGGCAAACAAAAUUGCCCACAUUGACUUGCAAGUGCAUCUUAUUGUUGAUUAUGGUCAUCAGUUUCAGACCUACCAGUAUAAGACCAAUAUUUAUCCUCAUGAAUCAAUCUAUCACCAAGCUGGUUUAGCUGCCAACAGAAUUGAUUCAAUUAAAAGUGACACAUUUAGUUUCCUUGCCAAAAACUUUUAUUUUCAUUAAAAAAACUUUUGUGGUGUCCCCUCGAGGUGGUGAAGUAAGUUGAGACAGUAUGUAAAAUGUAAA